AUAAUGAAUGCGGGUUUUCUGCUAAAUUAAUUUAAUUAUCGCUGCAUUCAGCUCCAUAUAAGAAUGGGUAAAACUCAGGAGCAUUUUGUGGCAUUAUUAUUUUUGUUUUGUGGCAGAGUUAUUGUCGACUUUAAAUUGACAAAAGCCAGGUAGAAAAGCACUGUUCGUUACGUCUACGUCCCGUAUUACUACAGUCCAAACGUGGUUUAGCAUGCUUGUUGCCGCUAAUUGCGCAGGGAGCACCUGCUUCUUCCAAAGUCAUGUGUCGUCCCCUAAGUCUCACUGCAAGGGCACCACGCAAAUGAAUGCAGCGAGUACUGCAGCGGUGAAAGUGGAAUUUUAUCCACGCUAACCCUAAUUUCCAUAUGCAGAUCUGUCUCUCCCAACAGUCCCUCUCGCCAUCACACCAUUUCUCGCAUUCUAAUGCAUUCUCACAUCUUUACAAAAUCCUCUCCUCCGCCGCACGCCGUUGAUGUGCUCGUUUAGUCCACUUCUGCGCGUUUUUGCUCGCCCAGUGCGGAGAUACGCGAUAAAAGCGGCGUUUUGCAUGCUCUAAUUUGCACGUUUUAUUACUAGGAGUCAGUGGAGACAAUAAAAAUGGACGCGUCGGGAGCUUUUCCUUUACGAUGCAUCGACCUGCUCGGCUUUCAACAGGAGGCAGUCCGUCUGUGUGAAUGCUCUGUCGGCUGGACGAUAGAGGCCCCAUGUUCGGCGCAGGGCUCCUGGUGCUCGGUUGCCUGCUGCAGAGGAGCGUGGUGACCACAGAGGGGCAUCGUGGGACCGACCGCCAUGUUUUCUAUGCAGUUCGUAUGGACGGAGGCAUCAGAGCUGCCAGGACUGUAGCCGUGCGGCAUGGACUGGAUUUCAUGCAGCGGGUUGGAGGCCUGAAGGGCAUAUACAACCUGAGAGACAGCAGGGGGCGCUCUGACCGAGCCACUUUUGAGCAGAGGCUCUCGACUCUACCAGGGGUUCGCUGGCUUCAGAGGCAGCACAGUCUUUACAGAGAGAAGCGGCUUCCUGUGUCAAGACCCGGCCCCGUUUUCACCGAUGGUUCCCAGAGGAGGGAGUCCGCCUCUGGCAGGAAGCCGGCGAAGAAGAACCGCGACCAGUUUCUCACCUUCAACGACCCACUCUGGCACAUGCAGUGGGAACUGUUCGCCCAGGACGAGUACGGCGCCAGCGGGGCCGACCUGAACGUGAUGCCAGUGUGGAACAACAACAUCACCGGCGAUGGAGUGGUGGUCAGCAUCAUCGACGAUGGUUUAGAUUACACCAACAAAGACCUGAAGAAAAACUUUGAGGCGCGAGCCAGCGUGGACCUGUGGGCUCCAUACGGCGUGUCCCGCGACCCCAUGCCGGGCGCAGGCGAGGAGAACAGCCAUGGCACCCGUUGUGCAGGGGAAGUUGCCAUGGAGGCCAACAACUCCUACUGCGGCGUGGGCGUCGCCUUCAACGCCAGGAUCGGAGGUAUCCGCCUGUUGGAUGGCAACGUCACCGAUGCCAUGGAGGCCACAGCGCUGACCUUCAACCACCGCCUCAUCGACAUCUACGUGUGCAGCUGGGGCCCACGGGACGACGGCGCCGAAAUGGAUGGGCCGCACGGCCUGACGGAGCAGGCCCUCCGGCUGGGAACCCGCCAGGGCCGAGGUGGGAAGGGCAGCAUCUUCGUGUGGGCGGCAGGUAAUGGAGGCCUUCUUCAGGACCACUGUGGCGCAGAUGGCUACGUUAACUCCAUCUACAGCAUCGCCAUCAGCGCCGCCACUCAAACGGGGAAGCCCGCCUUCUUCGGUGAGCCCUGCCCCGGGGUGAUGGCCGUCACCCUGACGGGGGCCGGCGUGGGCGGCCCGCUGCCUCUGAUCACCGUGACCAGUGUCGGCGGCGGAUGCGUCACGCACUUUCCAGGAACAUCUAGUGCCGCUCCGAUCGCCGCGGGGAUUCUGGCUCUCGUCUUGGAAGUGAAUCCCGCGCUGACGUGGAGGGAUAUUCAGCAUCUGAUCGCCAGCACCGCCAAGAUUCCCGACCCCAAAGAGCGCGGCUGGAGCGUCAACGCGGCAGGUUACCAUGUCCACCACAGGUAUGGAUUUGGAGUUCUGGACGCAGGACUGAUGGUGAAAAAGGCUGCACACUUCAGCACCGUGGCUCCACAGAGGCUGUGCAUCCAGGAUGUGACCCUGGAUCCUCCCAGGAUCCUGUCUCCAGGAAGCAGAGUCAGCGUCAGCAUCCCAUCGGAGGGCUGCUGUGGGAGGGCGAAUGAGAUCAACACUCUGGAGCAUGUUCAGGUGAAGGUGAGCCUCAGCGCCAUGUGCCGUGGCGACCUGUCCAUAAGCCUGGCGUCUCCUGGCGGCACGGUGUCGCUGCUGCUGGACACGCGGCCCUACGACGCCUCCGCUGACGGCCUGAGGAACUGGACGCUGAUGACGGUCCACAGCUGGGGGGAGCAGCCACGAGGCCUGUGGACCCUCCAGGUGACGGACCACAGUGGCACAGUGGGCAGCUGUACGAGGCCUGCUGAGGAGGAGGCGGCCGGAGCCCUGGUCAGUGUCACCCUCCUUCUUUACGGCACCUACCGCCCCCACAGGACCACGCACGAGGGACCCCUGCAGAGCAUUGUGUCCAUGGGGUCGCUUCACCCCAUCCCCUACAAAGGCGUCAACCAGAGGGACCGGUACCCCCCUCUGGACCUCAUUCAAUGGGUCUACGAAAUGGAGAGAGACAGGAAGGUGCAGACUGCUGACAUCACCGUCCCACCCAGACCCAAGAGGUCCUCUGGCAGAUCGACCCGUGCUGCUAUCAGGAAUCUCGACAUCGUCAGUGACCGCGAGGAUGGAGGGUUCCAGCCCGUACGAUUACAGAGCGUCCAGGACCGUCAUCCUUCCUCUCCAGAUCCACGGGGUGGAAGAACUGAGAGCAGAGAGGCAGAGGAGAGGACUGGACAGCCGGCACGAAACUAAAGACACGCGUAUAACAGUGUUUGAAUCAGCUCCAUGCACUUUACUGCGGUACUUAAUGUUGAUUUUUGAAUUGGCUUUAAAAUGAAAUCACUCGAAAAACACAAACCAACAUAUAAAUGCUUCCUUGAAACCUAAUAGUCCCAGUAGCAGGUCUCAGCUCUCAUCUGUGCUCCUGCUUUGAUUUGGGAAGUUGCAAAGGUUACUGAAAGAUAUGUUUGUCUUUUUCCACUUCACUGAAGGGUGAAUUCAGCUCAGCGCAAUAAGAAAUGGAUUUACCCAUUCAUUAAAGGGGCUGUGUCACUCCUCAUCGGGUUGGACAAAUAACAAAUUAAUUUCUAGCCGCCUAAUUUCUCUCUGUUCUUCGCUGAAUUUCCGAUAGCGUCGACUUGCUGAUCGCAGCCACGCGAACUCCCUCAACUUUUUAUCAAUUCAUUAAAAAUGCGCCACGGCGGAGAUGCUACAAAGGAAAAUCUCAGCCUUUUUUCUGCAUGACUCCUUUACCACCAAACUGUACACAAACAGGAACCAAGCGAGGUGUUUCAUUCAAAUGAGGUUAUUAACAAACCAGAAACCAUUAAAAAAAGAAAGUUUUCAGAAAAAACACUUUGUUGCCAUUUUCGAUACAGCCAAAACUUUUUUUUUUUUUAUGAAACAAAUAUCAGUCAGAAUAGUGUCAACGAUUUGUCAGUCAAGUGCAGGUGUGCGGGUUGUUGUGUUUUGUAGCCGUGCUAUAUUGACAGAGCAGUAUUGAUGUUUCAAUUAGUGCAGCGUUACAUAGUGCCGCAGCAUGGUAACAUGGUGCGUCUCCCACCAUCUGCUCUGCCUGCGCGUCUGACGAACGAGGCACGUGGGGCUAAUCGAGCCGCACAUGAGCGAUGGGAGCGUGCGAUCUGACACACACACGCGCGCGCGCGCACACACAUCCUAUACACACGUCUCCAUGCAGACAAAGUGGGGAGGGAGAGCGCUUCAGCCCUGCUGUUUAAACAGCCUUUAGAUGGCUCCUGAUUCCUCCCCUUCCCCUUUCACAUGUGCCGCUGGAGCAGCCAGCAGGUUAUUUCUCUGACAAGGAAACAGGCAAACGCACCAGAUGCACGAGUAAAAAAAAAAAAAAACAAAAAAACCUUCAAAAGCUCAUCUGACGCAAAGACAAAAAAAAAGAGAACGGCUUCUGCCAGGAUUUCACGUGCUGGGACGUUCUGAAAUAACAGCAUUAUGCCCGGCGUUAUUGGCUGCCAAACCGCACGAAUCAAAGACCUCAUUGUGUGGAUUACCUCGUUAAUCUGUUGAUGCCAUUGAGUAGUAUUGCAGGUGUUAAUGUGCCAGUUCCCCCCACCCCCCUCUCUUCUCUUAUUGGGAGGGUGUAGCGUUAGGUUGGUAAUCUGCUUUAAAUGCUUUCUGGGGAAUGAGACACGCUGAAACUCAGCCAAGAGAACUCUACUAUCAAGAAGAGCUUUCUUUUAAUACAGCACUGAAGGGGAGCGACUGACUGAGGCUGCUAAUGCCAACGGGGACCAUCUAGCGCGCUACACGCCCCACACCACUUGUUGGAAUAUGUGGCUGUAUGAAUAAUGAAAGAGGAAGUCAUAUUGCUAAAGCGGUCCCACACAGACAUCCGUAACAGAAGCGUCUCAUUGCUCUUCUUCUUCUGUUUCCUUCCUGCAAAUAAAGAAAACUGCAGGUUGUGCCUCUUUGGAGGCGAAACCAAAGUUGCUCUCUGCGUCUGAGCUCAGACACUCUGGAGGUGAACUCCUUCACCAGGAAGAGAGAAAGAUAAAGUGAAAGACAGAGGGGUUUGGGGGGUGCGGAGAGAGAGAGAGGGAGAGAGAGAGAGGUAAUCCUCCCUUUUUUCUGCUUCCUGGGGUGGUCUCUUCAUCCAGGGCCUCAAAGAGGGGCAGAAUACACCUCCCUGCUACAAUGAGGGGGAUCCACGGGGGCUGCUGCUGUCUGAGUGUGUGUGUGUGAUGGGGGUGCAGCUUUAAGCAGGCCUUUGAGUGGCCUAAUUGCGUUGGAAUACAGCAGUCUGAGAGCUGGCUCAGAUCACGGGCUGCUGGAGGGGUUAGCGCCCGCACCUCGACAGCCACACUCAGCAAAAGAGCCCCGGCACAAUGCGCACAAUUAAUGCUCUCCCUCUCGUUAACUUUCUCCCCACUUUUUGUCCUCUCCCACUUCUCUCUCAUCCUUCUCCUUUUCACCCCGUGUCUUACUCUCUCUCCUCUCGCUCUACCCUCCCUCCCUCCCCUCGGCAUGUCGUCACUCACCCACUGUAUUAAUCCUCCCUUACAGCCUGUCAAUCACGCUCCCUUUGAUGCACACAAUUACAGUAAGGAUGAAAGGCGUGGGCCGCUUCCCGUUAUGUAAGACUUAAAACAGGCCCGAGCAGGAAUUAUUGAUAUGUGAACAGCGAUUCUGAAAUAAAACCUCAGCACCACAUGACAUCCCUGGUAUUAGUUUGCAAGAAAAUGUCUGUGCUUGAUUUCAAAGAGCUGAAUGUUUUGUCCUUCUCUAUAUAUUCCUCUAUUUAGUGCCAGUCCAGGGUAGAGCUUUUGUGAAGAUACAUCCUCGUAUAAUAAAGGGGAUUGAUUAGAAUCUACUGAUUUUUCUUUCAAUAUGAGCCCAACAAAGUAAAACGGUAGCAAGUGGAUGAGACAAAGCAAUAGAAUUAAUUCAAUUUCUCUCAAUUGGCCCCCAAGGAUAAAUAAACAAAUAAAUAUAUAUAAAUAAAUACAACUUUCCUAUUAUAUACUAUUAUCACUGUUACUACUUGGUUUAUGUCCUACAGGGAGAGUCUACAGACUCUGACAGCAUAUUCCUGUUCCUACUGUACUAGUGUAUGACACCAUGAAACGUUAUUAUGUUUUAACUAUGUCUUAUGUUUUAACUUUUGUUUUCAUUACAUUUCCGUGAUCACAGGUUGGAUAUGGUGCAUAAAUACCCAAAUGUGUAUUUCUCGGUUGACACCAUGCUGUUUACCGUCCAUUCUUGUGUAUUUUCAUUGUAUGGUUUAGGUUUUGACACAAAGUCUCCUCAUCAUGAAAUACAGAAAUAAAAGAUUGAUUCUCUACA